UCGAGGUGUGACGAUAUGCUCCACUCCUGAGAAACAUGCGGGUAUUCACGGCACUUCGGAGGAAAUUUCACACCCGCCUGUCUCAGAGAUACAGAUGUCACGUCUACUGCAUGGCCCUCAUCCUUGUCAUAGUGACUAUCUACCAGACAGGAGAGAUUGUGGAUAAGCGGAGUCGGGACCGGUCUUUCCAGUUGCAUGAGAUGUUUGAGCCGCACCAAAACUAUGAGAACUGUACAUCAUUCCACAGCAGAGAGUGCACGCCCAUGCCCAUCGAUCUGGUGUACACGUGGGUGAACGGCUCAGAUGUGACCCUGCUGAGGGGCCUGGCGGUGGCCAAAGUGCAACUGGAAGAGGAACUGGGGGAGAAGCCCAAAUGCCCGCUGGCCCACUGCUUCCCAGCGCCGGUGCUGGUGCUCGAUCCUGCUCUUCCUGCCAGUAUGACGGUUAACGAGCUACCUCUGCUGUCGCCCUCCCUUUCAGCUGCAAAGGAACUGCUGCAGCUCAACAAACCGCUCCAACCCGUUUCCGCUGUCAUCUUCCAUUCGCAGGCUGACGCUGAUAAGGCAUUGGCAGGCGUGCUCAAAGAAGACCAGACAUUCUCCGUCUCCAGAAGUUACCUGACCACGGACAAAGAGCCUCCAGGUCUAAUCCAAAUGCAGACUCUGGCUUAUCUGAGCGGAUUCCCGGCGUCCUUUAGAGUAUUGGAGGAGCUGCGAGCCAAAUUGCCCACUGCCAUCACUGACAAGAUCACUACGUGUGAGUUGUACCCUGAAGCCAGUAUCGCUCUGCUACACCUCAAAAGUCCACAGCACUUGACUGAUCUCCUCCAGGAGGCUAACAAUAAACUGACGCUGGAUGGAAAGGAGUUGGCCAUCAGCCCUGUGUACUUAUUCUAUGACAUCAUCAAGCCUGACUUUACAAAGAAAGAGACCAAAAAUAUUCUGAAAGCCAACCGCUUUGAGGACAAUGAUGCGCUCCGCCAUUCACUGCGCUCCGUGGAAAAAUACGCCCCCUGGGUGCGACACAUCUUCAUUGUCACCAACGGGCAGAUUCCCUUCUGGCUCAACCUGGAAAACCCCCGAGUUUCAGUUGUCACACAUCAGGAAAUCUUCUUGAACCACAACCACCUCCCCACCUUCAGCUCCCCCGCUAUUGAGAGCAACCUCCACCGCAUCCCAGGAAUUUCUCAGAAGUUCAUUUACCUGAACGAUGACGUGAUGUUUGGCAAAGACGUCUGGGUGGACGACUUCUACACCCCAUCGAAUGGGCAGAAAGUCUAUCUCACCUGGAGGGUUGGCCCUUGUUCCAAGGGCUGCAGAGGAGCCUUGAUCAGCAACGGGUACUGUGAUCAGGCAUGCAACAACAAUGACUGUGAAUGGGAUGGAGGAGACUGCAAGGCAGAGAAACGCAGGUCUGUACGCAGUGUUGGCAUUCAGAGGGCCAGUACAACUAUUGGAGGUCACCUUCCUCAAGCUAUCAUAUCCCAGGCCGCCAUCCAAAAGUUAUCACUGACAACAGCAUCACCAUUCUUGAAUGAGGACAAAAGUGUUCCCAAAGCGGGAUUGUCCGUUGCUGCUAAAAAGCCAAUGGAGAGAAAGCUCCAACAGCAUGUCCCCUCUAACAAAGGCUUCCUGCCCUGGCAGAAGAUGGAGUACUUGGAAGACCUACUGAAAGAAUAUGAGCAUCUACAUAGAGUGCUAAUGUAUGAGACCAAUGGUGCUGCCACUGGCCGAAAGCUGCAGGACAGUUUUGGUGCUUCCUUAAGCUAUGUUGAUAGGCUGUACAAUCGCAAGUUUGGGGUCAUGCCCCGUAAAGUGAUUGCACACACACCCCACAUGAUCGACAAGUUUAUCAUGCAGGAGCUGCAGGACACAUUCCCAAAAGAAUUUGAGAAGACCUCAAGCCAUCGCUUACGUCACACAGAUGACAUGCAGUUUGCCUUUUCCUACUUUUACUUCAUGAUGAGCGUCAAGCAGCAGGCUGACAUUUCAGAGGUGUUUGACACAGCGGACAAAGACCAGUCUGGCGUUCUGUCGGAUAGUGAGGUUGAAGCCCUCGCUACGAGAAUCUACAAGCAACCGCUCAAGCCUAGGGACUUCACGAGUUUGGUUAAUGAGUUGAUCACCUGUUCUGAAAUGCUUCCAAAUGAAGUCAUGCAGAACCACCAAGUGACAUCCCGUCAGGAGGUCUACCAUGACCAAAACAUGCCUCAGAUCACAAAAUAUCUCAUCCUGAACUGCAAGCCCGUCACGGAUCAUAUUCGUCGAGCCUUCGCAGAUAAGAAGAAGUACAAAUAUCAGAUCAUGGGGGAGCAGGAGAUACAUUUUAAGUUAAUCAAGAACGACAAGUCCAUGAACAUUCUGCAUUUCAAAGACAUUCAGAACAAUGCCAAGAAGUUCAUCUGUUUGAAUGAUGACAUUGAUCACAGCAAAAGCAAUGCCAAUGAAGUGAAAGCAAUGCUGGCAGAAUUCUACAAAGCCAUGUUCCCACAGCCAUCCCAGUUUGAACUGCCCAAAGACAAGACCAACAGGUUCCUGCACAUGGAUGAUCUCCAGAAAUGGCACGCUUACCAGGAGAAGUGGAGGUUCUACAGAUACUCUGCCAUUGUGGUCUUCAUCAUCGUCACCCUCAAGUUCAUCUCCAAAAAAAUGACUCAACUGAAAUAAAACCUGCUGCACAUAGGCAAAAAGUCGAAGAUGUAAAAACUUUAGAAAAUGUGAAAGAGGCAGACCUCCCAGGCCAGUGGAGCGGAUCCAAUCUCAGCAGAAUCCAAACUUCCUUGUGUUCAGUGAAAUACAACAUCUUUAGCUGGUGAAGGACCAAGUGAAGAAGUCCCAAAAAGUCACUUCAUGAUAAGCUGUGAUAAGCUUAUGCUUCGUCUGACUCCUUUUCGGAUGUGUUUGUAUACUAUUGUUUUCAACAUUUUUACUUCUAUUGUUCAUUGUUAUAUUGUAAUGUUGGGAAUAAAAAAACUUGAUUCAUUCAUCCAUCCAUCUUCCGCUUGUCCGAGGUCAGGUCGCGGGAGCCUAAGGCAGCAGCCUAAGCAGGGAAGCCCAGACUUUCCUCUCCCUGGCUACUUCGUCUACAUUAGGCUAAAUACCAAUUCUUCCCUCCUCUUACACUAACCCUACGUUUUGCGCGUUCACAAGAAUCAAGUGGUGUCCCAAGGGGUAAGAGGUAAGUGCUAAGGGGUGUACAGCAGAGAAUGGAGUACCCACAUCUAGUCAAAAUGUGAUGACGUCAUAUAAAUUUAAUCAGUAGAAAUAAUAGGUGGGAAACUAACUGUCAUAAUGUGAUUGGUGAGUUGUGAAUAUGUGUGAUGGUGGUCCUCUUUUUUUUCUUGCACAUAUCCAGAGAGAUCAUUUUGAAACUCUCGCUGUUUUCCUACAGCUGGCUCUCAGGGUCAUAGGGGUGACGGGAUGACGGGGUUACGUAUAAACAUUUGGGAGCUCAUGUUUCCCGAGGAAUAAAUUGUGA